GUUUUAACUGCUGCAGUUAUUAUUGCGGAGCCCCAGCAAUUGGAAGCUUUACGAAACUAGGCUACCGCUAAAUAUUUUUUUUCGACAAUCAAAUGGAACUGACCUUCAAAAAGGCACGAUUGGGCACUAGUGCAAACACAGCUGCUACUGCUGAUGUUGCUGCUGAGGCGGACGAAGAAAAUGAAGCGAAUGACUUUGGCUGGUGGGCACUGCCCGAACCAGCUCUGUUGGAGAUUUUUAUGCGUCUCAGUGUACAGGAUAUAAUGCAGGCGGGUUUAGCCUGCCGUCGCUGGAAUACAAUUUCGAAUGACGACUUAUUGUGGCGCCAGAAGUUUCAGCAACAUUUCCGAGCCUCGCCUAGCAUACCGCUUAAGCCCGGCGCCACCAGUUGGCGCAGUGAAUACCAACGUCUGAGCACAGAGAUUCCCUUUGUGCAGGCUCAGCGUCUAGAGCCGAGCGUGGAGUUCAAUCACGGUCACACGCACCAGGUACUGCAUGUAAGCUUUGCACACAAUGGCGAAAUGUUCGCCACCUGCUCUAAGGACGGCUAUGUGAUUAUAUGGAAUGCCCAGCAUCCAUGCACAGAAAAGUAUGCGCACAAUAUGAAGCAAUUUAGCUGGAAAUAUACCCAAUAUUCGCAGUUCAAUCAGAGCGACACCUUGCUCUUGGUAUCGGGGGUGCAUUUCGGCUCGCCACAGAGCACUUCUGGUGAAAUAGCUGUCUUCUAUUUAGGCGCCACGGAAUCUCAUUUGCGCUGUCGAGUCGUGAAUAGGCCAUACGAUAUAUUCGGCACCUGGUUCAGUGAUCAGUAUCUGCUGUCGGGUGAUCUGCAUUGGCUUGCACAUUUGGUGAGCACCUCGGUGCUGUGGUUGAACAAAGCCAAUCAGGAGAUCGACUCGGAGCAUGUGCCAAUCAUGAGUCAGCUGUAUAAGUUCUACAAUCGAAAUGCCAGCUCCGUGCGCGCCAUUAUGGUGGCCAGAUGUCCAUGGCUGGAUGACACGAACGAUCCGCUGGCACAGCCAGAGCAGGUGGCACUCACUGCUGCUGCUGCUACUGCUACUUCGUCUAUUGAUGAGCUCUCCACAUCUGCCUCCUCCUCACUAGCCAGUGGCAAUCCGUUCAGCUUGCGACGCACACGCAGUGCUACGCCCGAAGAUAAUUAUUUGCCAGACAUAAGUGAGCACAGUCAGAUGCGCAGAUCUCGUGCACGUCCUGGACACACUUCAGAUGCUACCAUUCACUAUCUGGAGGAGUAUAGACGAGCAGCUACUUCCAGUGGUUUAGACACUGACCAUGAGGACGAAGAAUACGAGUCGUGCUCAGAACUGCCAGAUGAAUACGAUGAAAUGGAGAACAGUGUACCCAAGUACCUAAUCUUUUCGACUGGGUCGAAAACCUUUACGCCCCAUCAAAUUGGAUUCAAGCGCAUACGCAACGUUUUCUUUCCCAAGAAACUGGAUCCCGGGCCGACCCUCAAAGAGCGCAUCGCAGCCAAGCGAGCUGCCGAACAGCAGCAGCAACAGGCACCGCGCAACGAUCCCGAUUGGUGGGACUACGAGUCUGUCAAGGGCCGAUUCGAUCAGGUAGACAAAGUAAUUGAUCUGCAUGGUCAUAUUAUAGGCAUGGCGCUCAGUCCCGAUCAUCGAUAUUUGUAUGUAAAUACGCGACCCUGGCCGAAAAACUAUAAUAUAACGAAUCCGCUAGAGCCGCCACCAAUCGCCCAGGAGAUCGAUAUACAUGUGAUCGAUUUGAUGACCCUCAAGCGUGUGGGCAAUAUGUUGCGUGCGCACAAAGCUUAUACGCCCAGUACAGAAUGCUUUUUCAUAUUCCUCGAUGUUUGCGAGGAAUAUGUGGCCAGCGGUGCUGAGGAUCAGCAUGCCUAUUUAUGGGAUCGCUAUUACGGAAUUAGCUUGGCCAAGUUUAAGCACACAGAUGUGGUCAACAGUGUGGCGUUCAAUCCGAAAGACUCUCAGAUGUUGGUGACCACCAGCGACGAUUAUACAAUUAAGGUUUGGCGUUCGCGUGCCCAGGCCAAGGCACACAAUAUCCCUCUUAAUGUCAGCGAAUCGUUUCUGCUGAAGCCCAAAAACUGAGCCAACUGUUCUGUUCCUUUGUGUACCUGUGCUGUCCCAUUUGUGAGCCAUCAACAAAAUUUCGUUCAUAUGCAUAUUAUCUAUUAUAUAAACUGCUCAUUUUGGUGUUAGCUUUUAAUGAUUGAGUGUAUGCAUAUGCAGAUUGUUUUGUGGUUGUUAAAAUGUUAAAUGUACUUAAUUGAA